GCGGCGGCGGCGGCUCGCGCAGCUUGUUGGCUCGCUAUAUAAAGGAGAGAAGCGGGCGGACCGGACGGCUGGAGCUGCAGCCGGUGGCGGCAGCGGCGGCGCAGGGAGCGGCGACCGGUGGUGGUUUCCCUCCUUGGCGCGGGGUGGGGAGCGGCCAACGCCCCCCGGACCCCUAAAGGGUCGUGGCUUUUUUUUUUUAAGGCGAUUCUCGAGGUUUUUAGCUGCGGGAGGAGUGCCCCCCUCCUCCUCUCUCCGCUCUCCCUUACUCCUUCAGGAUUGAUUUAAAAUUUUUUUCCCCAAUCUUGCGGUGAUUUGGGUCACCCUCCGGGUGUUUUAGUUUUUUUUUUUUUUUUUUGGUUUUGUUUUUAUCUUGUUUUCUCGGGGUUGCCCCCUCUUGUUUGUGUUGUGUGUGGAAAUGGCGAACUCGGCAAAUACAAACACCGUGCCUAAAUUAUACAGAUCUGUGAUUGAAGAUGUCAUUAAUGAUGUGAGAGACAUCUUUCUGGACGAUGGAGUGGAUGAACAAGUACUGAUGGAACUAAAAACUUUAUGGGAAAACAAACUAAUGCAGUCCAGGGCAGUAGAUGGAUUUCAUUCAGAAGAGCAGCAGCUUCUACUGCAAGUUCAACAGCAGCAUCAACCCCAGCAGCAGCAGCAUCACCACCAUCACCAUCAUCAGCAAGCUCAGCCUCAGCAGACGGUACCUCAGCAAGCGCAGACCCAGCAGGUCCUUAUUCCUGCAUCACAGCAAGCCACAGCACCACAAGUUAUUGUUCCAGAUUCUAAGUUGAUACAGCAUAUGAAUGCAUCAAACAUGAGUGCUGCUGCUACGGCUGCUACCUUAGCACUUCCUGCAGGUGUGACUCCUGUUCAGCAGAUACUAACAAAUUCAGGCCAGCUUCUUCAGGUGGUCAGAGCAGCCAAUGGUGCCCAGUAUAUCUUUCAGCCUCAGCAGUCAGUGGUUCUACAACAACAGGUGAUACCACAGAUGCAGCCUGGUGGAGUACAAGCUCCUGUUAUACAGCAGGUACUGGCUCCUCUUCCUGGAGGGAUUUCACCACAGACAGGUGUCAUCAUCCAGCCUCAGCAAAUCUUAUUUACAGGAAAUAAGACUCAAGUUAUACCUACGACAGUGGCAGCACCUACACCAGCCCAAGCACAGAUAACUGCGACUGGCCAGCAGCAACCACAGGCCCAGCCUGCUCAAACACAAGCUCCAUUGGUCUUACAAGUUGAUGGAACUGGGGAUACAUCGUCUGAAGAAGAUGAAGAUGAAGAAGAAGACUAUGAUGAUGAUGAGGAGGAAGACAAAGAGAAAGAUGGAGCUGAAGAUGGGCAGGUGGAAGAAGAGCCCCUCAAUAGUGAAGAUGAUGUGAGUGAUGAGGAAGGACAGGAACUCUUUGACACAGAAAAUGUUGUUGUAUGCCAAUAUGAUAAGAUACACAGAAGUAAAAACAAAUGGAAAUUUCAUCUCAAGGAUGGCAUUAUGAAUCUUAAUGGAAGAGAUUAUAUAUUUUCCAAAGCCAUUGGAGAUGCGGAAUGGUGAAGAGUUGCUUUUUUUCUUUUAUAAAUAAAAGAAACUUAAAAAAAGUUUAAAGUGGACAGUUCGAAACUUGGGGCAUAUGCCAACCAAAACUUCAUUUCUGCAUGUCAGAAAAGUGCAGUAGAAGCAAAGCUACUGGAACAAAGAUAGACCUUGACAACAUAGACACUACUUACUGGCAAGCCAUGGAACUGUAGCACCUGGGGUUGUUGGGUGGGAGGGUUGGGAUUUUGUGUAGGAAAACCAUAAUUGUUGAUUUUAAAUACAGGUACCCGCCACCGGUAAUUAGCAUGUAAAGCUUUGUCUAUAUUCCUUCCUCCAACUUGGGUUCAAUCAGAAGAUACUUGUUGGAAUGAACUGAAGAAACUUCGGUUUUGAUAGAUUGAACUGAAACUGCUUAUUGUAUGUGGUGAUAUUUGGUAAAAGUUGCGUGUGAGCUUUUUACAAAAGGGUAAGAAUUGUGUUGAAUUUUAAUUCACUUGUAUAAGAAAACAAUUUAAAACUCUCAUAAUAGGUCUUAAAUAUUUUUACUUGCUAUUCUCCCUCAGUGAUAUAUACCUCUUCCUUUCCAGCUUUAUGAAACAUCUAUUUAAGAUUUAAAGUUAUCAGUGAUCAUAGUUUGGAGAUAAAAUUUGACCCAGGAAUGAAUAUUUAUUUUAAUUAGGUUUUCAUACUUAUUAAAUGUAAUUAAAGACUUGGGUCUUGUCUGAGUUCGGUGGAAUUGAAACGACAACUUUAAUUUCCUUACAGAAAAACUUAAUUUGUUUCUUUUAGUGCCACACCUUAAAAAGAAACCCCAAACUAGCUCCUCAGGAAUAUAGUUUUAUUUUGCAAGCAUACCAUCUAGCUGAAACUGUAUACACAUGAAUAUAUGUAGACUUUUCCUGUUGGGCUGAAGUGUGUGCUUAUAAAUGUGUUUAGUUUUUAAGCUAAACAUCCAGUAAACAGUCUGUGCAUUGAUUAGCAUAGGGCAGGUGGUGAGGACCUGGAUUUUUAUUAAACAAUUUAGUAAUUAUAAAAGUUUCUUGUGUUUACUAGUAAAGAAUCUUAAAAAUCUAUUCUAAUUCAACAAGUUUUUAAAAUCAACUUUGUAAUUUGAGGGGAAAAUUUGGGGGGAAGAGGUGGGUGGGCCACUAAGUUACCUCUCUUUCAUUUGGUGGCCCUUCCAGGCCAUUGAAAAUAAAGACGUUGGCUCCAGUUUGCACAUCGGGAAGAAAGCAUAGAAAUUUGACUUGUAUAUUAAAAAUAAUAGAAAUGUAAUAUGUAUAUUAAGAAUGCAUAGGUCUGUAUUCUGUAAGGGGCUCUGAAGAACAAUAUGGCACUGCUGUGUUCAGUGUGAAUUCGCUGCCUGGGAGAACUGCAGGAAUGCUUGUCUUCACCAUUGUGUUCUUACAACGAAUUCAACUUUCCAUGGUUUAUCUUGACAAAAUUUACAUGUGUUUAGGUUACUUGUAUAUUGAUAUAUUUUUUUAAUCUUCAGUUUUUGUCUUCCUUUUGCCUUUGUGUUUUCAGAAGUAACACAUAAACACUUUUUAAAGUACAUUACAAAGAAGAAAACUGUGAGCU